AUGGCUCUAAGAGUCUGUACAAGCCUUUUGCUCUUAUUCUUGGUCCAUUCUGUGUGGGCUCGAACUGUGAGACAAGUCUAUGAUGAGCUGGAUCCUGAGCACUGGUCUCGCUACACCUCUGAGUGUCCCCGAGAGUGCUUUUGUCCUCCUAGUUUCCCUAAUGCCUUGUACUGUGAUAACAAAGGACUUAAGGAAAUACCUCCAAUCCCAGCGAGAAUUUGGUACCUCUACCUUCAAAACAAUCUCAUUGAAACUGUUUCAGAGCAGCCUUUUGUGAAUGCCACUCAUCUGAGGUGGAUAAAUCUGAACAAGAAUAAGAUCACCAAUGGCGGGAUUGAGAACGGUGUGCUGAGCAAGCUGAGAAGGCUGCUUUACUUAUUCCUUGAAGACAAUGAAUUGGAAGAGGUACCUGCCCCACUACCAGUGGGCCUGGAACAGCUGAGACUGGCUAGAAACAAAAUCUCCAGAAUCCCAGAAGGAGUCUUCAGCAACUUGGAAAACCUCACCAUGUUAGAUCUGCACCAGAACAGUUUGUUGGACAGCGCUCUGCAAAGCGACACCUUCCGAGGACUCAACAACCUCAUGCAACUCAACAUAGCAAAGAAUUCCCUGAAGAAAAUGCCUUUGAGCAUCCCAGCUAACACACUGCAGCUGUUUUUGGACAACAACUCCAUUGAAGUGAUACCAGAAGACUACUUCAGCGCAAUACCCAAGGUGUCUUUCCUGCGGCUGAACUACAAUAAACUAUCUGACGAUGGUAUUCCCCCCAAUGGGUUUAAUGUUUCAUCCAUUCUAGACCUGCAGCUGUCUCACAACCAGCUCACUAAAAUCCCACCCAUCAAUGCUCAUCUUGAGCACCUGCACCUUGAUCACAACAAAAUCAAAAGUGUCAAUGGGACUCAGAUAUGCCCAGUCUCAAUUGCCCUAGCAGAAGACUAUGGGUUUUAUGGCAACGUUCCUCGCCUCCGAUACCUUCGCCUGGAUGGAAAUGAAAUUCAACCUCCCAUCCCUCUGGACAUCAUGGUCUGUUUCAGAUUACUUCAAGCUGUCAUCAUCUGA